GCGCCGCCCCGGUCGCCCCAGCCGCCCCGGUCACACACCCCCUCCUUCCCGGUCUGCCCAGCCGCCCCGGCCGCCAGGCCCCUUCCUGCCUCGCCAUGCUCCUCCGCGCGGUGGCGCGUCCGCGGCUGGGUCUCGCGCUGCGCGGGGGUCCCGUCCUGUCUCAGGGUCUUCCCCACUCCCGCAGUCCCACUCAGACUCGGGGAUCCGCCCGCGCCGGGCCAGGAAGAGAAAGCCCGCCUUUAGCUGCAGAGACAAAAUGGAAAGACAGAGCAGAGACUGUGAUCAUCGGAGGUGGUUGUGUGGGCGUGAGCCUCGCCUAUCACCUGGCCAAGGCAGGGAUGAGAGAUGUGGUCCUGCUGGAGAAGUCGGAGCUCACGGCCGGGUCUACCUGGCACGCAGCAGGUUUAACAACUUACUUUCAUCCUGGAAUAAACUUGAAGAAAAUACACUAUGACAGCAUCAAACUUUAUGAGAAACUGGAGGAAGAAACUGGGCAGGUGGUAGGAUUCCAUCAGCCAGGAAGUAUCAGAAUUGCUACAACUCCUGUAAGGGUAGAUGAAUUUAAAUACCAAAUGACACGCACCCACUGGCAUGCGACGGAGCAGUACAUUAUUGGACCUGAAAAAAUCCAAGAGAUGUUUCCUCUACUUAACAUGGAUAAGAUUUUAGCUGGACUGUAUAACCCUGGAGAUGGUCACAUUGAUCCUUACUCUCUAACGAUGGCCUUGGCUGCUGGGGCCAGGAAAUACGGGGCCCUUUUAAAGUAUCCUGCCCCUGUGACUUCUCUGAAGCCCAGGUCCGAUGGAACUUGGGAUGUUGAAACCCCACAAGGAUCUCUGAGAGCAAACAGAAUUGUGAAUGCUGCAGGGUUUUGGGCACGUGAAGUAGGUAAAAUGAUUGGCCUGGAACACCCUCUCAUCCCGGUCCAGCACCAGUAUGUGGUCACCUCCACCAUCCCAGAAGUGCAAGCUCUGAAGCGAGAGCUCCCUGUGCUCCGGGACCUAGAAGGAUCCUAUUACCUCCGCCAGGAGCGCAAUGGGCUUCUGUUCGGGCCCUACGAGAAUCAGGAGAAAAUGAAGGUCCAGGAUGCAUGGGUCACCAACGGUGUUCCCCCAGGCUUUGGGAAGGAACUUUUUGAGUCUGACCUAGACCGGCUUAUGGAACAUGUGCAAGCAGCAAUGGAGAUGGUUCCAGUCCUGCAAAAGGCAGACAUCAUCAAUGUGGUCAAUGGUCCCAUCACCUACUCCCCUGACAUUCUGCCUCUUGUGGGUCCGCACCAGGGAGUCAGGAACUACUGGGUGGCUGUAGGCUUCGGGUAUGGCAUAAUCCACGCUGGGGGAGUAGGAAAGUACCUCAGCGACUGGAUCCUGCAGGGAGAGCCUCCUUUUGACCUGAUAGAACUGGACCCUAACCGCUAUGGCAAAUGGACCACAGCUCAGUACACUGAGGCCAAAGCCAGAGAAUCCUACGGAUUCAACAACAUCGUUGGCUAUCCCAAGGAAGAGCGUUUCGCUGGGCGGCCCACGCAGAGAGUCAGCGGGCUUUAUGAGACCCUGUCACCCAAGUGCUCCAUGGGAUUCCAUGCGGGCUGGGAACAGCCGAACUGGUUCUACAGACCGGGCCAGGACACUCAGUACAGGCCAAGCUUUCGCCGCACAAACUGGUUUGAGCCGGUGGGGUCUGAGUAUAAACAAGUUAUGCAAAGAGUGGGGGUGAUUGACCUGACACCAUUUGGCAAGUUCAGCAUCAAAGGCCGGGAUUCUGCAAGGCUGCUGGACCACCUCUUCGCCAAUGCCCUUCCGAAGGUGGGUUUUACAAACAUAAGCCACAUGCUGACACCCAAAGGUCGUGUGUAUGCUGAACUGACUGUCUCUCACCAAUCUCCUGGUGAAUUUCUGUUAAUAACUGGUUCUGGAUCCGAACUCCAUGAUCUUAGAUGGAUUGAAGAAGUAGCCAUCAAAGGUGGAUACAACGUUGAGAUUAGAAACAUAACCGAUGAGCUGGGCGUCCUCGGAGUUGCGGGGCCACAUGCGAGGAGGGUCUUGCAGAAGCUGACCUCAGAAGACCUCAGUGAAGGCGCCUUUGCUUUUCUGCAGACCAAGUCCUUCAAGGUUGCUGGGAUUCCCGUCACUGCUAUUAGGAUAUCAUACACAGGUGAGCUGGGAUGGGAGCUGUACCACAGGCUAGAGGACUCCGUGGCUCUCUACGAGGCUGUCAUGACUGCAGGCCAGCAGGAGGGCAUCAGCAACUUUGGGACCUACGCCCUGAAUGCUCUACGACUGGAGAAAGCCUUCCGAGCCUGGGGCGCCGAGAUGAACUGUGAUACAAAUCCUUUGGAAGCUGGACUGGAAUAUUUUGUCAAGUUAAACAAGCCGGCAGACUUCAUAGGAAAGCAGGCACUGAAACAGAUUAAAGCCGAGGGGCUGACCCGGAGGCUUGUCUGCCUCACCUUGGCGACGGAUGAUGUGGACCCAGAGGGGAACGAAAGCGUCUGGCACCGUGGCCAGGUGGUGGGCAACACAACAUCUGGCAGCUUCAGCUACAGCAUCCAGAAGAGCCUGGCAUUUGCUUAUGUCCCUGUCGAGCUAAGUGAAGUGGGACAACAAGUGGAAGUCGAACUACUAGGUAAAAAUUACCCUGCCACCAUCAUACAAGAACCCUUGGUACUGACAGAACCAGCUAGAAGCCGACUCGAGAAAAAAGGCAAAAAGGACAAAACUGAAAAAAGCUCUCACCAUUCAGCCGAAUUCUAGUUACUUUAUUACUGUUCUUAAAAUUAUUAUAAUUGGUUCCCAGGGGGAAUAAAGGAUCCCAAGAAUGCAUUCCAAAACCCCUAAGCAUCUAGACUUAGACUCUUAAUAAAACCUUUCUCUUGUUUUCUAAGUAAAAUAGGAUAAUAAAUGAGUGACUUACACCAUUCUUUCAAAUGAAAUAUGAAGUGAAUUUUUAAAAUCUCAACUUGUUGCUUAUGAGAUCCAAUCAAUAAAAUGGUAGGUGCUUGCUGAUCCGCAGCCAUUCUUGUAACAAUUUAAAAACUUUAUAUAAUUUUAAGAACAUGAAAACAAAUUAGUAAAUUUUCUUUCACAUAAAAACAAACACAAUACUACUGCUGGAUUUGUUUCAUUGAGAAAUCUUUCCCCAUAUGAAUAAGUAGUAAUUUUAAUUUUUUUGUAAUAUAUCUAUGAUAAAAAUAAUAAAUCUUAAUAUCAAUUUUCA